CACUUCUGGGAUAAGGUUUAGACUGUGUUACGUAAUGCGGACUAUGCCUCUGCAUAGCUCAACUUGUUGGCUGAAUCUCCACCUUAAACGGUAACUGGAUACUCAGAGUGAACAAGGAAGAGCCACACAAACGCUGGCACUGCCGUAAAGAGAGAGAGAGAGAGAGAGAGAGAGAGAGAGAGAGAGAGGCAGAGAGCAAACAUAAAAGAAGAUUUCCUUUACACUCAGUAAUGGAUCCUUCCAUGAGUGUCCCUUGGGAAGAGGAGUUCAAGUGCUGUAUCUGUCUGGAUGUGCUCACCGAUCCAGUCUCCACUCCAUGCGGACAUAACUUCUGCAUGGCCUGCAUUGAACAAUGCUGGACAAGCGCUGAGGUCCAUCACUGCCCUCUCUGUAAGGAGAAAUUCAGCACAAAACCAGAACUGAAGGUCAAUACAACUUUCAAAGCAGUGGUGCAUCAUUUCCAGAUGAAAAUGGGUGGCAGCAAACCUACUGUCCCCUGUGAUGUUUGCUCUGGGCAGAAAAUGAAGGCUGUGAAGUCUUGCCUAGAUUGUGGAACAACGUUUUGUGAGACCCACCUGGAAAACCACAAGACUGCACCAAGACUCAUUAAGCACAAACUGAUGGAUCCUGUGGAGAACCUGGAGGACUACAUCUGCCAGAAACAUGAGAGACCCCUGGAGCUGUUCUGUAGAGACGACCAGACGAGUGUGUGUCGGUUCUGCACUGAAGGAGACCACAAGACUCACAGCACUGUUCCUAUAGAGGAGGAGAGUGGAGAGAGGAAGAUGCACCUUAGAAAGAAGCAAGAAGCUGUUCAGCAGAUGAUAAAGCACAGGCACAAGAAGAUCGAGGAUAUCCGGAGCUCUGUACAGCGCAACAAGGAAAGCAGUAAGAAAACUAAGGCCCACACCCUGGAGGUCUUCAGAUCUUUGAUGCACUGCAUUGAGAGAAGCCAGGCGGAGCUGCUUGAGGUGAUGGAGGAGAAGCAGAAAGCAGCAGAGAGGCAGGCUGAAGAGUUCAUUAAAGAGCUGGAGCAGGAAAUCACUGAGCUAAAGAGGAGAGACACUGAGCUGGAGCAGCUCUCCCACACUGAGGACCACCUCCACCUCCUACAGGUUUACCCGUCCCUCUGCAGCCGUCCACUCACCAAGAACUGGACUGACGUCAGGAUUAACACUCAUCUGAGGGUGGAGACUCUGAGGAGAACUCUGUCUCAGCUUCAGGAAGCUCUAAACAAGGAACUAAAACGAUUAUCUAAGACAACGUCAAAACCAGCAUUGCAUAGAAAUGCCCCCUCUUCAUCCACCACCACAUCAACUACUGAACCUGCUGACAGUCUUUUCAGAUCCACUGUCAGCGCAACAGCUCCUUCUCCCUUCUCACCAGUUCCCUUCAGUAACUUGUCUGAAGGUCUGGGAAAACUGCAGAAAAAGUAUGCAGUGAAUGUGACUCUGGAUCCUAAAACAGCCUACCCUAAACUCGUCCUGUCCGCUGAUGGGAAGCGAGUGUGGCACGGGUACGCGUGGCAGAAUGUUCCAAAUAACCCAGAGAGAUUUGACACGUCUGCCUGUGUUUUGGGAAAGGAGGGGUUCUCUUCAGGGAGAUUUUACUAUGAGGUUCAGGUCACAGGGAAAACCGUGUGGGUUCUAGGAGUGGUCAGAGAGUCCAUUAACAGGAAGGGGAUGAUUUCAGUCAGCCCUGAGAACGGAUACUGGACUGUGCACCUGAGGAACGAGACUGAGUUUCUGGCUCUGAGCUCUCCGCCUCUCAUCCUCUCAUUGAAACAGACUCCUCAAAAGUUGGGGGUGUUUGUGGAUUAUGAGGAGGGUCUGGUCUCCUUCUAUGAUGUUGAGGCCAGGUCUGAUAUCUACUCUUUCACUGGUCAGUCUUUCACUGAGAAACUCUAUCCAUUCUUCUUCCCUUGCAACAAAGGAGAGAGCUCAAAACCAAUAAUCAUCUCGCCUAUCAUACCUUGUUGUUAA